UGAAACGGUAUACAACGCGCCGGUCUAUGCGUAUCAAGCAAUGUACAACGCCUCGACGACAGCUCUCCAAACUGACGACCCUUUGUGGUCCAAUACUAUUCAAUCGGGCUCUGACUAGUGGAACUUGAGUACUGUAGACUUGUACAAGGGACCAAACUCUCGUCUGGGUAUGAUGGCUUUCGGCAACGAUGCACAGGUCCUAUUCGCCUUAUAUAUUCAUUCAACCGUCUCAAGCAAUGUCAAGCUCUUCUCGCCUUCGAACACUACAGAGUUUGAUCAAUUCAGGAAGCGAGCCCAGAUAUUCAGCAUCCAACAAGUACUUUGUCGUGGAUAUUGGAGUGCCACCACUAUAGACGUACAAUCCUGUACUCGUGAGAAAGCUAAAGUGCUUUUGAUACGAAUCUGUUAGCUUUUGAUUGCUGUGUUGCCGGAGUAGUACCUAGGUAUUGGUGUGCGGAGCUAUGAAUUACUGCUGGGCAAUCUCCAUUAACGUCCGUCUAAGCUUGCCGGGACGCACGGUGUAAUUUUGUAUUAACGUUCUGCUGCCACUUCUCUAUAAGUACGUCAGUUUCCGGCAAGGACUGCCGCGAUGCUGGCCUUGCUGUCGAUCGUUUCGUCAACGCCGUCAAUCAACCAUUCGUUGAUACCUCCCUGUCUGUUCACGACUGUAACAGUUUUUUCCAAUUUCGGAAGGCCUGGUAGAAGGUAGGGCCGAGGAAGAUUGAGUGUUUAAGCUCUAAAGGCCACUUUAAGCUGCUAUGUAUGCAGUCCGGCAACUUCGCC